AUGCCGAAAGACAAGCCCUCUAUUCAGAUAGCAUCACCAUCUGGACAACAGGCAGAACAUCAAGUCCAGCGACGGCGGCGCAAGGACGGUCGCCAGCGCCGCCAGCGCACCACGUUCACGAGCGAGCAGACGCUGCGGCUCGAGCUGGAGUACCAGCGCAGCGAGUACAUCAGCCGGCCACGGCGCUUCGAGCUGGCCGAGGGCCUGGAGCUGACCGAGACGCAGAUCAAGAUCUGGUUCCAGAACCGACGCGCGAAGGACAAGCGCAUCGAGAAGGCGCAGCUGGACCAGCAGUACAGGUGCCUGGCCCUGGCCAGUGGUCUGGGCUCGCUGUGCGCAGCGCCCUCCGGUGUGGCCGGAGGACACGCGGCGACCAACGGCGGCACCCCGGCCGGCGCACAGUCUGGUUCCGCCGCCGCCGCUGCGGUGCAGCCAUUCUGCGGAGCGUGCUACUUCAAGCCUCCCUCGAUGCUGCCGCCUCCUUCAACGGCCGCUGCCGCGGCAGCUGCAGCCGCUGCGGACUCUGCCGCAGCCAGAUUCGGCCUCUGAGAGGUCAAUUCGAAGUCAAACUCUUUUACAUCGUCCUCUUAUGCUGACGUCCUCUCAAGACAGCUGCACAGUCAGCCGACGUCUUCUCAAGACAAUCCACUUCAGUGCAGAUAGCGCACGAGAUCCUGCAGUUGUCGAGGAGACGCACUCCAAACGACUAUUGCUAAUGCGACUAGGGCACCGAUGAUUCUGCUUGAUUUCUUUGUCAAGGGCUGGUCUGAAGCACAAUGUGACACUUAAGCCUUCCCCAUAUCGUCAUCUACCCUAGCCUGUGAGCGCAGGCACACUAUACGCCAAGUUUCGAUUGAUGUUAUUGGUGUACUCCAAAUGGCACCGAGAGUCCCCGUGCCUCCUAAAGGGACGCGUAUCCGCGCCGAGCAAAGUUGGGCCGAGGCGGUCAAAUGUUUCCCAGUGAUCAGCAGCGGCAAUAAGCUAACGGUGAAACGACGGAUGCGGGGGCGGUGUCCCACUAGCGUCUAAAUAACGCCUCUGGAAUUGUGUGGUGGCAGUCGUGCCGUGACAAAUAAGAAUGAUGAACUGGAUAAACGCGGAAACUAGUGUGCAUUUUAGUCUUUGACGCCCGUCGAAAAGUCUAUACCAUCCACAAUGUCAUCGUUUCAUAUAUCUAAAACCUGGGAGUUUUUCUCAAAGCACAAAAUUUGUCCUUCGAAACCGGCUUGAGGAAGCUCGAAUGGGCUCGAUAAUGCCAUUCCACUUGAUGCGAGGUUAAACUUCUUUUCUAUAUAUUGCUCGACUCAGCACGUAGGAGACUCACGUACGGGUUUUCGCGUUCUUGCUUUAAGAUAUCCAUUCACGAACAUGCGUCAGUGCAAAGAGCUCAUCGAGAGCGGAACGAAACUUAAAUGUAAAAAACAUUUGUGUCAUCCACUCAAGCCAUCGCUGUAAAUUUUCAGACGGGUACCCCAAACAGGCAAAACGUACACGAGAGUAAGUCAUAUUAUUGAAAGUUGUGUUGAAAUUUCUCAAGAUGAGCAGAGGGCGGGCAGAUCAAUCUCAAGCCGAUCCGCUAAAAUAUCGGUCGAUCAGCAUUGCAGUGCUUGAUAUCAUGUUAGCAAGAUUCACCUUGUGGUGUAGCUGACGCCGCUUGCUUCGGUUGAAGCAACGUUGCGAAUGAAAACGACCAUUUUCUACUAAGAGCACUCCAGCUUCUCUGAAAGAGAGCGACACUUUGAAGAAAAAUGUGUGUCGCUUCCCAGAGCCAUUCUUUUCUUUUUACAGCGGAGCUGCUAUACGCCGACUUCUGGAGGUUUGCGUGCGUAGGCAAAAAAGAUGGCGGCCCAGCGCUAAACGAGCUAAAGCAUAAAGCAAAAGCGUGUCGCCAGAUAUGCCCCAGAUGCGUUUAAUCGCGAGCCGUGUAAGAAUGUAUUGUGAUAAAAAAAUGUAAAACCGGAAUAGACACGGUUUAGUACGGAUUGCGGUUUGACGUUACGGGCUCUACAGGCAAACCACGUAACCUUAUCUCAGUUCCUUUCCACUUGUGCAAUUGGUAGGCCACGUGCGGUGAGGGCUGCCGAAGAACAGCGCGCCUACGAAGAACACCGUCGCGAACAGAAGCGGGAAUGUGCGCGGCGACGGCGGGAGGCACGUAAUACGGACGAACAUCGUGCCGCAACCGCCAAGCGUGUGCACCUUUGGUUGGAUCACCCCAGCGACUCCGCUCCCAUCGUAAUCGUGGGUGAUAUCGAUAUAGACGUGUCUCGGCCAGACGGAACGGGUUCGUGGUCUUUCUCUUGGAAAGGCUCGGCAUUCAAUGUUACAGAAACAUCAGUGUGCCUAUCGACGCGUCAUCGGUCGUGUACACAUGGGCCUCACAUUGGCCAAGAACCUUUCCAGUGUCGCCACAGAGCCACUGGCCGUAUAUCAAAGCGAUCAUAAAGCGAUAGUUACCUUGGUGACCAAGUAACUUCCAAAAAGCAAACAAAAGAAAGUUAAAAAUAAAAAAAGCAUUGAGUAUGCAAUUUAAUAAAACAACGACAAAAUUUUGAAAAAACGAAAUUCAUUGUGGUAUUUGUCUUCUAUUUUCAAUCAAGAUAUUUAAUAUCAACAUAUUUAUCACCAUAUAUACAGAUCAACUGGUCACCCACCUUUACAGAGUGCAAUGGCUCUGAUUUUUUUUUUUCUGUUGGUCCUUCGAUGCGGUCGCAUGCCUGAUAAACUAUUCUAUCAUUGUGUAGUCGCUUAUACGUGUUCACGAUCAAAUGAGCAUGUAUAUAUGCACAUCGCUCGCCAAAGCUUCAAUCAUGUGCCACAUUUUUUUUAUUUUUUAUGCUUGCCCUGUAUAGCAUGAAACAAAACGGUACAGUGACUAUCGCAUAUGACUAACUCCUUAUCGCGCACUUUUUCUUGCCGGAAAACGUGACUCAAAAUGCAUUCCCCUUCUCAUGGUAGUACACGAAGCUUUGCUCAAUCCUUAUGCGCCGUUCCUACCGGCACACCGAGAUCGACUGUAAGCGCACCAAUCAAGCCUUCUUCGACGUCUUGCCGAUCGAAUCAGCGUCGCAACACACGCGCGCGCAGUCGUCUCUCUUGUGUGCCGGUGCUUAUCGGCAGGAAAUUACGCCCAUCGGAAGCGAGGCCACUGUUCGUGUCAAGGUUUGAAGGGGCACUUGCCAAUGCGUACUACGUACACACAAAUCCAAGCACGCCACUCACCGAAUGGCCUUCGCCUAACGAAACAAAAAGCCAAAUUCCGACUACGCGUUCCUGUCGCGUGUCUGCCUGACUAAUCCCGUCGAACAGAAAGAUUCCGGCAGCGACGUGUUUUUCCAUCGACUUGUUUCAA